GAAAACAAUGGUUGUGAAAUCACUACCAAAGAUUCCUACUAUAGAUUUUUCAGAGGGAAAUUUGAAUCCUGGUACAAGUUCUUGGUUCUCGGUGUGCAAUGAUGUGCGGCGCGCUCUCGAAGAAUAUGGCUGCUUUGUGGCGUUGUAUGACAAAAUCUCUCAACAACUUCGCACAUCAAUGUUCAGUGAGCUAAAAGAGCUCUUUGAUUUGCCCACAGAGAUUAAGAUGAAAAACGUUUCUGAUAAGCCUUACUUUGGCUAUAUUGGAAACCAUCCUUCGAUUCCUCCUCUCCAUGAAAGCAUGGGAAUUGAGAACGCAACUACUCUAGAAGGAGGUGAAAGCUUCACCAAUAUCAUUUGGCCUAAAGGAGGAAAUAACCAUUUUUGUGAAACUGUGGUUUCAUACUCGAGACUGGUUUCGGAGUUGGAGAAAAUGGUGAAGAGAAUGGUGUUUCAGAGCUAUGGCGUGGAAAAGUACUACGAUUCUCACUUGGGAUCCACUACUUUCUUGUUGAAGCUAAUAAAAUACAGAGUUCCUGAGAUGAACGAAUCGAGUAUCGGUUGCGCCCCUCAUACAGACAAGAGCUUCAUAACAGUGCUUCAUCAGAAUGAGGUCAAUGGUUUGGAAAUCGAAACCCGGGAUGGAGAUUGGAUUCAAUUUGAGCCCUCGCCUUCUUCUUUCCUCGUUUUAGCUGGAGAUGCAUUCUUGGCUUGGACUAAUGGGAGAAUACAUUCUGCUGCACAUCGAGUGGUCAUGACCGGGACGAAACCGAGAUACUCAAUCGGGCUAUUUUCGUACCACAACGGAACCAUAGAAAUUCCAGAUGAGCUGGUUGAUGAGCAACAUCCGCAGCAAUUCAAGUCUUUUGAUCACUAUGGACUGCUUCAUCACUAUCACGCGGCUCCGAAGAUUGAAUCUACUGCCAAGGACUACUGUGGUGUUUGAUAAGGACAUGAUCUCUUUUAAGAGUCCUAAACGUUUACAUUUGAUUCAAUAUUCUAGCUAG